ACAGUGCACGUUCGUGACUAGUCAGUGUGAACAUGUGUAUCUAGGUGUGCGUCGCGAUUCACCUGUUGUAACACCUGCUGCAUCCAUCGUAGCUCCCUUUCUCGUUCUUCCGUGCGCUGCUAAUUGCAGUACUAAUUACUCGGUGAUACUCGCUUGCCAAGAUACUCGAUGACUGAUGAGAGCAGCCGAAAAAGGCAAAACUAAUAAUGAUGAUGAUAAUGAAGGACAUAAGAAAGAGAGAAAAUGGGGCACGAAAAGGGAUCAUCUAAUACAGUAGCCUAAAUAGAUCGCACAAAGAAGAUGGCAGGAAGGAAGUGGAAGAUCGAAAUAAGUGGAGAGGGAAACAAGACUGAAAAGUCGCAGAAAGCGGUGGGAGAUUAUCGUAUCGGAUCUAUCUGAUUAUUCCGUACACGGCACACUGCCACGGGACAUACGAUUUUGCGUUUCACUAAAUGUGCAAUGUGCUACUAUUCACCAGUGACCUUUAGUUCGCCUCAUCCGUCGUUGUAUCUUUAAAGUUACAUGCGAGUAGUAGUUGGAGUUUAUCGAAAAAGGCAAUCAACGGACUUCGGAAGGAGCGUUUGCUAUUUAGCAGACAAGUGAUUGACAAAAAUAUAUAGUGUUGUCAUUUGCAACAGCAGACGGCAAGAGAUAUAUUCGUGUAAGGGAAAAUGUACGGGCUAAUUUUGGAGAAUCUGGCGGAAUACAUAAGACAGGUUUACGGUGAAGAUAGAUGGGAGGAGAUCCGCAGACAGGCGUCUGUAGAUCAGCCGAGUUUCUCCGUUCAUCAGGUUUAUCCGGAGAAUCUAAUUCCCAGAUUAGCCAAGAAAGCGAUUCAGAUACUCGGCGUGACCGAAAAGGAGUUCUUCGAUCAAAUGGGCGUGCACUUUGUAGGAUUCGUUGGUCAGUACGGUUACGAUCGUGUACUCUCGGUACUGGGACGACAUGUGAGGGACUUCCUGAACGGCUUGGACAAUCUUCACGAAUAUCUCAAGUUCUCGUAUCCAAGAAUGCGAGCACCUUCUUUCAUCUGCGAGAACGAGACUCGUCAAGGUUUGACACUUCAUUAUCGGAGUAAGCGUCGAGGUUUCGUCUAUUACACAAUGGGCCAGAUAAGAGAAGUGGCUCGGCAUUUCUAUCACAAGGAAUUGCAGAUCGAACUGGUGCGAGAGGAAGUGCUCUUCGACACUUUUCACGUGACCUUCCAACUUACUUUCGACAAUCGUGCUUUUACUCUCGCUUCACUCGCGAUGACUCGCGAAGAAAAGCACUUGCCGAUUGGAGCGAGCGUACUCUUUGAAAUAUUUCCUUUCUGCAUCGUCUUCGGCGCGGACAUGAUGGUUAGAAGUAUCGGCAAUUCGUUGAUGGUCAUUCUACCAGAUCUUGUUGGUAAAAAGAUCACAUACUUCUUCGAUCUGGUUCGACCGCUUAUCGGAUUUAAAUUUCAAUCAAUAUUGAACCGAACGAACAAUAUUUUCGAGUUGGUUACUGUCGAGCCAGUGCUUACGGACCGAUUGAAUGACCGACACAGGGAAAUUCUUUUGAGCGACGAGCUUGAAACUGUAGAAGAUAAGACUUUACGUUUAAAAGGUCAAAUGAUAUACAUGGACAAUUGGAAAAUGAUGAUGUAUCUCGGAACACCGGUCAUGCCCGAUCUAAACGCUUUAAUAGCGACAGGUCUUUAUAUAAAUGAUCUAUCGAUGCACGACUUCAGCAGAGAUCUUAUGCUCGCUGGAACUCAACAAUCUGUUGAAUUGAAACUAGCAUUAGAUCAAGAACAGCUCAAGAGUAAAAAGUUAGAAGAAUCUAUGAGAAAAUUGGACGAGGAAAUGAAACGUACAGACGAAUUGUUAUAUCAGAUGAUUCCUAAGCAAGUCGCGGAUCGUUUGAGGAAUGGAGAAAGUCCAAUUGAUACUUGCGAGAUGUUCGAUAGUGUAUCGAUUUUGUUCUCGGAUGUGGUGACCUUCACCGAAAUUUGUAGUAGAAUCUCGCCAAUGGAGGUCGUGUCUAUGUUAAACGCCAUGUACUCAUUGUUCGACACGUUGACUGAAAGAAACCGAGUGUAUAAGGUCGAAACCAUCGGCGACGCGUAUAUGGUAGUUUCUGGCGCACCGGUAAAAGAGAGUGACCAUGCGGAUCGCGUAUGCGAUAUGGCCCUCGAUAUGGUCGAAGCGAUAACCGACCUCAAGGAUCGCUCAACAGGCAAUCAUCUGCAAAUACGCGUGGGAAUUCACAGCGGUGCAGUUGUAGCUGGUAUUGUUGGUUUGAAGAUGCCGCGAUACUGUCUCUUCGGUGAUUCCGUCAAUACAGCAGCUCGCAUGGAAGCGACGAGCCAGGCCAUGCAAAUACACAUAUCUCAAUCCACCCGAGAAUUAUUGUCGCCUUCGUAUAAAGUCACAGAGCGCGGAGAAAUCGAGGUCAAAGGAAAGGGUAUUAUGAAAACCUACUGGCUGGAAAAGCGAGAGCGUCGUUCCAUUACAACUAAAGGAAUCACUAUACAAGAGCCUCAUCAGUGGCGCACGAGGAACAUUGAGAAGAGAGUUUCCUCGGUAGGAACAAUGGGUCUAAACCCAGGCAUAUUUGACAAACCGACUCCGGGAGACACAUCAUCAAGAAGAGGUUCGUCCAAAAUGUCUUCACCGACACCACCGGGAUCCUCGGGAUUUUUCUCCGAAGAGAGAAGAAUAUAUUCUCCCAUCACCUUCCAAGAUGUUGCGCGACGAUCGGUAGCAAACUCACCAACGAAGAGUGUGGAAAUACGAGAGUGCCGAUCAAAUUCUAUGGGUGCUGUAGGCAUGAGAAACUCAUCGGACAUGUUCAGUUCUCUUCUAAGUGACACAGAAGAGCAUUUUCGGCAACAUCGGGACAAUUUGACACUGCGCGCGGACAAUCAAUCGGCCGGCGUGCAUGUGAAACCUGAAGUGAAGAUCAACACCACUUCGUCCUCGUCUUCGCAGAGCUCCGAAUCAAAUCCGUCUUCGUUGAAUCUGUUUCAGACGGGAAAGGACGACCAAGACGUGAUAAUCGGUAACACUAGUGAAUGCGCGGCUAUCAGCGCCGAUCUCAGUAAUUCUCAGUUGCUGAUGCAACAGGAUCAAUGUUGUCCGGGAUUUACCAUGCCAAAGAGUAGCAAAAUGCGCCAUCAAGGAAAUAACUGCGUUAUUUCCUAAUGCAAACAAACUGCGGAUCCCCCAUCUAAGAUAGUACUUAUCUUUAAGAUACUUAAAAUAUCAUCAAGAAACCUAACUAACUUGUUUUUUUUUCACAAAUUAAAAACUUUUUACGCUAAUUAAAUUAUUUCGCAUGCGUUAUACUCUAUUUGUUCUGUUUUCUCACUAAAAAAAUGAGGCAUUCCGAUUUUUGUUGAGAAAACUCAUACAUAAAGAAGCAUAAAUACACCAGAUAUUUUGUAUACAAUGCAAACUUGUAUACAAUGCAAUACAAGAAAUUA